UGGUGCCGGUUGCGCGGAGAGGAUCAUAACUCUUGCCGCUCCCAUUCCUCACAUCCCUCUGCUCUCCUCAUUGUGCUCUGCUGACUCAGUGCCUUAAACAUCAGCCGCUCUCAACGCCACUGGCACAAACCACGACCAUUGUGGAUAUUAAUACGCAUUCGAGAAAGGAUACCAUGGCCAAAACAGCUAUCGCAUACAAGGAAAAGAUGAAGGAGCUGUCCAUGCUCUCGCUCAUUUGCUCCUGUUUCAGCCCACAGAUACGCAACAACACUGUCUGUGAAUUUGAAGAUAUGGAAGUAAAGCCCAUAAACAAAAGGGCCUCAGGCCAGGCUUUUGAGGUGAUCCUGAAACCACCCUCACCAGUGUCAGAUGUGACCCACAGCAUCACCUCCCCUCCAAAGAAGAGGGAUGUCUCGCUGGAGGACAUCCAGAAGAAGUUGGAGGCUGCUGAGGAUCGCCGGAGGUCCCAGGAAGCUCAGGUGCUCAAAGCUCUGGCUGAGAAACGUGAACACGAGAGGGAUGUGCUCCUCAAAGCCAUGGAGGAAAACAGCAACUUCAGCAAGAUGGCAGAGGAGAAGCUCAUUCAGAAAAUGGAGCAGAUCAAGGAAAACCGUGAGGCCCACCUUGCAUCCAUGAUGGAACGUCUGCAUGAGAAGGAGCGACAUGCUGCAAUCGUCCGCAGGAACAAGGAGCUGAGGGAAGAGCUAAUAGCGUGAAGUUAUCCUCCUCACACCCUUCAUCAACCAACUUGUCAUCCUAUCUUGCUCACACACUCUCACACACAAACACUGGAAAAAAACAGUCAAAAACGACUAGUAUCACACUCAUACUGUUUGAAAGAUCUUGCUUGAUUUCAUAGACUAAUGGGAAGACACAAGUAUUAUUUUGUAAAUACCUUUUUUAUCUCUAUCUAUCUGUCUAUCUAUCUAUCUAUCUAUCUAUCUAUCUGAUCAGAUUGAAUGAUAACAAAUCAGAUGUAUCAAAUCUAUGCGAUAAAGCGUUAAGUUAAUUAUUUGAUUAUUAUCAUAUCAUUAUUAUAGUUUGUUCAGGCACUUCUGGUUUGAUCAUGUGAAAGGUGUUGAUGAUGUGAGUAAGCUGCUUGCUUACGUUUGCGGUGUUAAAUUAUGUAAAGUUUGGUGUAAUUGUGAAGAAUACAACAAGCUUCAGUGCUCAGGCCCAAGGUAUAGGCUUACCUUUUAAAAUCAAACAUGCCAACAUACCAAGACUCAUGAAUAUACAGUGCACUUAAGUUUAUAUACAGCAUGAUCAAGACAUAGAUACAUUUUCCUGAACAAAUAGCUUGACAGAUGAGUACAGAAAGAAAUAAAACAUUUUAAAGGAAUAGUUCACCCAAAAAUGAAAAUUCUCUCAUUAUUUACUCACCCUCAUGCCAUCCCAGAUAUGCAUGACUUUCUUUCAUCUGCACAACACAAAUUAAGAUUUUUAGAAGAAUAUUUAAGUUCUGUAGGUCCAAACGAUGCAAGUGAAUGGCAACCAAAACUUUAAAACUCCAAAAAGCACAUAAAGGCAGCAUAAGUAAUCCAUAAGGUAAUCCAGUGGUUAAAUCAAUGUCUUCUGAUGCGAUAUGAUAGAUGUGUGUGAGAAACAGAUCAAUAUUUAAGUCCUUUUUUACUAUCAAUCUCCACCUUUGACCAGCCUCGACCAGUAGGUGGCGAAAUGCACAAAUAAUGCAGCUUGGCAAAAAACAAAAGAAGAAGUGAAAGUGGAGAAAAAAGGACUCCAGUAUUGAUCUGUUUCUCACCCACACCUAUCAUAUCACUUCUGAAGACAGGAAUUUAAACACUGGAGUUGUAUGGAUUUGUUUUUUUUGCUUUUCUGCCUUUAUGUGCUUUUCGAAGCUUCAUAGUUCUGGCCACAAAUUCAUAGGCAUUGUAUGAGAUGAGAGCUGAGAUAUUCUUCUAAAAAUCUUCAUUUGUGUUCUACACAAGAAAGAAAGUCAUACACAUCUGGGAUGGCAUGAGGGUGAGUAAAUGAUGAGAGAAUUUUCAUUUUUGGGUGAACUAAUCCUUUAAUAGUAACUCAUUGGUAAACUACAUUUCGUAUGUAUUUUAGUUUCUUUGUUUUAAUAUCCUCUGUAAAAUGAAAUAUCUCUCUCUUGAAAUGUUAUGAACGUCUGCAUGUCAGCUUCUUCAAAUCUACUCUUUCGUUGUCUGACUUUGGGAAACACAGCACCCUUUUUGGAUUUUCUGACUAGAUAGCUUGACUUAGCCUGUGUUAUGAUUAUUAUGAAAAAUAGCCAGCCAGUUCCUUCACAGAUUUUCUUUUUGUUACCUUGGCUCACAUCCUUACAUUGAUUCGAGCCUUCGGCACUCAAUGCUGAUGUUUGUCAUCUCUCUCUGGCAGGAGUAGACAUGUUCAUUAGUACAGCGUUGUAAUUAAGGGAGUUGUUUCACCCUGAAUGUUUUGUCAUCUGUCUGGCUUGAUAAAUUUGGUAUCUUUACCAGCUGAAUGUGUCCUCAUAUACUCCCAAGUACAGCCUUUGACGUGUGACUAUUUUCUAUUUUAUUUGUUUUGGUGUAAAGUGUAUGUGUGAGUGUGUCUGUGUCUGUCCAUGUCCAUGCUAGGUUGACUGAGCAUUUGUGUCCUUUCUCUUUGAAAGUGAAGUGAUAGGAAGAAGCAGAAUAUGCACUGAAUGAUUAUGAUUUUGUUUUUAAAUCACUGUCUCUAUAAAUAUGCUUGAAGCGUCUUCGGCUGCCAAAUUGUCCCCCCUCCCCUUCAUUUCUCUGUGUGCAAACUUUGGUGAAAAUAAAGGUUUGGGGUUCUGUGAACAUGG